GUGAUUAGAGUAAGAGAGUUCGGGGGCGAGCAACUGUAGUAUGUACCUUUAACAUCAUGUUAGUUUUGCAAAACGUCAAAAAACAAAGGAAAAUAUUUUCUAACUUUUUUCUUUAAAAAUUAACAAAUAGAUCAUUAAAAAGAGGUCUUUUUGAUACAUUUUGAACGAAACAUAAAAUAUAAAUAGUGUACCUAACAAUGAAUAUUUAUAAAAAUCUUCUUUGAAAUAAUUUUAAAAAAAAUUUAUCGCAGAUAUUUCUGAAUAUUUAAAUUAUUUUUAUUGUAUUUGGCUGUUUUUCUGUAUGAUUUUAAAACAUGGGAGCUGGACGAAGUCAGUUUAGUGAGGAAGAGUUACAAGAUUAUCAAGAUUUAACAUAUUUUACAAAAAAGGAAGUACUUUAUGCUCAUCAGAAAUUUAAAGCCCUUGCACCGGAGAAAGUGGGACACAAUCGAAAUGCAAAACUUCCAUUGUCAAAAAUACUUCAAUAUCCAGAACUUCGAGUGAAUCCUUUUGGUGAUCGAAUUUGUAAAGUAUUCAGUUCCAGUCAGGAUGGCGAUUGUACUUUUGAAGAUUUUUUGGACAUGAUGUCCGUAUUUAGUGAUGCAGCGCCAAAAGCAGUUAAAGCCGAACAUGCAUUCCGAAUAUUUGACUUCGAUGGCGAUGAUAUGUUAGGAAUAGGAGAUUUACGUCAAGUUGUAGAUAGAUUAACAGUUCCACAGAGAUUAAGCGAUACAGAAAUGCAACAGCUUCUUCAAUAUUUAUUAGAGGAAGCUGAUUUAGAUGACGAUGGUGCUCUCAGUUUUGCUGAAUUUGAACACAUUAUUGAGAAAAGCAGCGAUUUCUCUAAAACUUUUCGUAUAAGAUUAUGAAAUACAAAUCAGGGUUUAAACUCUAUUGAAGACUGACCAGCAUUGCAUUGAAAUGGCACAAAAGGCCUAAUGAAGAAACAAAUUUAAGACGUGCCAAAUUUACGAAAAAUCAGGCCUAAUUUCUUAAUAUUUUAAUCUUCCUUAGAUGGCAAAAAUCCAAAGAUUACUUCUAAUUCUUAAUAAUUGUUUUUGUAAAUUAUAUAUAUAUAAUUAAUAAGUUUCUUUUUCCAUUUUUACUAUUCUCUACAUAAUUAUUUAAUUAUCUAUAUUGUACUUUAUAAUAUAAAUGAACAUAUAUAUAAUGUUUAAUUAUAAAACAAAAUUUUAUUCACAUUUUUUUAAAGAAAUAUUUUAUUUUUACUUUGUGAUAUAAUGUAUGAUCUGUAUAAAAUAAAUUAUCAUCAUGUCACAAGCA